CUCUACCACGUAAUUGACAGUGAAAGUGUCAUUUUUGACCAGUUUUUAACUAAUGUAAAUAUCUAUAUAACAUUUUUCUGUAUUGCCUCAUGGUAAAGGGAAAACGGUUCUUGCACCAUGUGGUGUCUGUGACCUGUCUUAAAUGGUCACCACACUGAGAUACUUUCAUCACAUAUCUCGAAAUUUACUAGUUAUGGUACGCAUGAAUGUAAAAUCUGACCAUAAUGUGGCAGCAAAUCAGCCAGUUUAUAAGUACGUUACUUCUACUGAUUCUCCAAGUAAUACAGAAGACUAGCGGGACGUACACUACGACCGCGUUACCGUUAUGGACAUGGGAGUGCGUGAACGACCGGUGCGUGCCCACUCAAGCCUCCACGCCCGACCGGCUGCAGUCACUGCUCAUGUGCAACAUGUUGUGCGCCUCCAUGCAGCUGUGGCCGCAGCCCACUGGAGCCGUCAGCUUGUCCACCACCGCCGUGCCCGUCCGAGCAGACCUGUUCCAGCUGCAAAUUGUAUCGGUUCCUUCAAAAGCGGUCCACGAACACCUCCAGGAGGCAUUCCAUCUUCUACGUCAAGAUCUUCAUCACCUAGAACGCAAUGCAGUCGCGUUUGCCGAAUGGCGCGCUGUCGCCGUACACGUCACAGUCAACGGUAGUGGCGACCCUCGCAUGAGACUCAACACUGAUGAGAGUUAUCAGUUGGUAAUGUAUCCGAAAUUCGCACAAGGCGGUCCGCUUAUAGUUAAGAUUACAGCGAAAUCUUACUGCGGGGCACGACAUGCUCUCGAGACAUUACACCAAUUAGUGUGGUUAGAUCCAUACAUUGGCACUUUAUUCAUGCUAGAGGCGGCAAAUGUAGAGGAUGCUCCGCGAUUCGGGUACCGCGGGCUGCUUCUUGACACUGCGAGGAAUUAUUUCCCAAUGUCAGAGUUGUUUCGCACCAUCGAUGCGAUGGCUGCUACAAAGUUAAAUACUUUUCAUUGGCACAUCAGCGACUCGCAAGCCUUUCCACUGAAACUGUCUAGCGUGCCGCAGCUGGCUGUGUACGGUGCUUUCGGCACGGGUGCCAUGUACACUACUGAAGAUGUGCGGAAAUUAGUUCACCGCGCCAGAAUCCGCGGGAUCCGCGUGUUAAUAGAAGUGGACACGCCGGCACACGUGGGCUGUGCUUGGAACUGGGGCCCUUCGUUAGGUUUCGGAGAGCUCGUCAAGUGCGCAGAGACGGACGCUUGGCAGGACAUCUGCAGGGAGCCGCCGUGCGGACAACUGAACCCUCGCAACGUUCACGUGUUCAACAUCCUGGAGGCCAUCUACGCAGAGAUCAUUCACCUCACCGGCGUUGACGAUUUAUUUCACAUGGGCGGCGACGAUGUCUUCCCAAGUUGCUGGGCAAAGCAUUUCCCAACUUUCAAUCCAGCUCAACUGCUGAUAGAUUUUACACUGGGAGCACUAGAACGUCUAGAGAUCGCGAACGGUAAAUUGCCGAACCUCACCCUUUUCUGGUCACCGUGGUUGAAUGAAAAUAUAAAGACCGAUCUUAAAGAGUAUAGCGGACAUUUGGGUCUACAAACACGUAACUCGGAAUUGGUAGCGAGCUACUCGAAGUUUCUUUCGGGGAUUCGGACGGUUAUCUCGCACUCGGAUCCUUGGAACUUGAAUAGCGGGAUGGGAGAUUGGUUCGAGGAGAACAUGGCGCCGUAUAACUCGUGGCAGAAGAUAUAUGAACACCGGCCGUGGGCGCGCGGGAGCUCUAAGUCUGACGUGGUGGGCGGGGAGGUGACGGUGUGGUCUUCGACGCUAAGCGCAGGUGGGCUGGACGCGCGGUUGUGGCCGCGAGCCGCAGCGUUCGCAGAGCGGCUGUGGUCGGACCGGCCCGAGGGCGCUACGCGACCCGUGCACGUCCGUCUCGACGUGCACCGCGGGCGCCUCGUAGCGCGGGGCAUCCGCGCCGCUCCCAUCUGGUCCAUGUGGUGCAGCCAUCACACGUACACUUGCGGUUAGAAGAACGCACACAGCAAUGAGUUGUCGUCGAUAGACUAAAUGCACUAAAGGAGACUAGAGCUAAAAUAACGUAAUGCUAAGUUCAAUAUCUUGGCAUUAGUUUUGUAUUGUUCUUGUAAUGAUCGCGUUUAUAAAAUCAGUGAAUUAUGUUUG